AUGGAUAGAGGAGCUUCAUUUAGUGGUACUGAGGCAGCUAUGUUGCCUGAGGCGGAGAAUGAACCUUUUAGACCGGGUAGCAACAUUAGUCAGUUGGGUCAUCUUGCUAGUUUCGUGGUCGGUUGCUCCUCAGGGGAAUUGCUGAAGGGAAAAUCUGGAGUUGUAAAUUUAGAAGGAGGCGUUGAUGCUGCUGGAGACCACCAAAAGGACCCGAAUUCUCUAGAUUCUGCCUUGCCACCUGUUGUUGCUGGAUCCAUGCAGAUGUGCAGAGAGAGUACUUUCUCUGAGCAGGAUGAGGCUAGUAACAAGGACAGAGACACCCUUUCUCCUGAGAAGAGGAAUGCAAAGUUGCCUACUGAAACCAGUUAUGUGGAAUGCGAGAUUGUUGGAAAUGUUGUAAUUGCUAGUGGAUCAGAAUUUGAUAAUACGUCGGGAAUAAACCCGGUAAAUCAUGAAGUUAUUAAUUUUGGAUGUUUAAAUAAUGAUUCACAAGUGUAUCUAUUUUUUAUUCACCUUCUUUCAUUCUGCUUUGCAGCAUUGGAAGACACUAACUUAGUUUCCCACGAUAUAUUGGAUGGUGCUCCUCUACUUUCUGGUAAUGGUACUAGUGCUGAAAAAAUAAUUGAUUACAAUGAGCAGAAGGCACCUGCUCUUGUUGUAGAGCACACACACAUGGGUAAAAAGGAAGAAUUGGAAGUUGAAAUCCCUGCAGAAGUAAGUUUAUCCGCCCUAAAAGAGUGUUCACAAGUGGAAAGUCAGCUAGGUUCUAUUUCUGAAGGUCCUCUUUUUGAAGUUGAAAAAGGUUCAUCUCAUGACAGUGCUGUGCCAAUGCUUAGUGAGACGCUUGAUCGGUCGAUGUCAAUGUUGGAGACUUGUAAUAGAGAAAGCCACGGUGAGCAGGCUAUGGUGGCUAGAGAAGUCCAAGAGUGCUCUAGGAAUGUGGAAGUGUAUUCUGUUCCCCGUGGACCAGUUGUAAAAGAGGGUGAUGAUCCUGGAGCAGAAGAUCUUGAAAACCAUAAAGAAAUGACAGGAAAAAAUCACGAGGCGGCAACCUUAAAAGUUGCAGCUGAUGUUUCAGCUGACCAUCAAGCUUCCUCUGAUCUUGCCUGCGUAUCUGAGUGUGAUGCUAAUUGCAUGCUUGAAGGUGGAGGAAUUUCUGCAGAAUCUGAUAAGACUAGUUGUGAUUCACCCAUUGUUUUUAGUUGCCCUGGGCUUUCUCACAGUGAAAACUAUGAGCAAGAGGGGCUCAAGGGGGCUGUUGCUGGGAAUGUCUCACUUUCUGAGGUCGCUGAGAAAGCUCAGGCGAUUUCCCCGAAUCUGAAAGAAAAUGACGCCUCAAUAGAAGAAAGGAGCUUUACUUUUGAAGUCAGUCCGGCAGUGCAUCUCUCUCAGGGAGGAACUUGCAAGAUUGUGGAGGGAUCACCUUUAACCUCUGGUGCCGGGCAAGCAGAUCCUAAGACGGUGCAUGAAAUUUCUCGUGUAAGCCCUCAAGUCUUUGACAGGGGGACUGUGCGGGGAGGUGCCAAAGAUACCUCUGCUCGGAAAACAAGGCGAGCAUCUGGAAAGCCAUCUGCAAAAGACAACUCAAAAAAGAGAAACACUGCAAAUGAAAUCGCCCUUGUGAUACAGACAGAUAGAGGCAAUAAGUCAUGCAGUAUGCCCAUGAUCCCCUUUGGGACGGGCCAGUUUGUGCAAUUUGAAGAGUUGAAGCACUAUGGGGAUGUUGAAUGCAGUGGUGCAAAACCAUCUGUCGUCGUCUCUAUUCCUACAUCCAAUCUGCCAGAUUUGAACACUUCAGCUCCUUUGUCUGCGUUGUUUCAACAGCCUUUUACGGAUUUACAACAAGUGCAAUUGCGAGCGCAGAUAUUUGUUUAUGGAUCUCUGAUACAAGGAGCAGUACCUGAUGAGGCUUGUAUGACUUCGGCCAUCGGGCCAUCUGAUGGUGGGAGGAGUCUUUGGGAGCCUGCAUGGCGUGCUUGCAUAGACAGAGUCCAUGGUCAGAAAUCCCGUACCAACAAUUCUGCAACCCCUGUGCAAUCACAUUCAGGUGCUAGAGUUCCUGAUCAACCAACUAAACAAAGUUCACUUCAAAAUAAAUCUCUUUCCUCAUCUUUUGGCCGAGCUAGCAUUAAGGGCACUCCUUCCCCUGUUGUCAAUCCCAUUAUACCCCUUUCGUCGCCUCUUUGGAAUAUGUCUACCCCUUCUUGUGAUGGUUUGCAAUCCAGUGGUAUGCCUCGAGGCGCACUUUUUGAUUACCAUCAGGCUUUGUCUCAUUUGCUUCCUUUUCAGACUGCACCUAUUCGAAAUUCUUCUGGACAUAGCAACUCUUGGUUAUCUCAGGCCCCAUUUGCUGGUCCUUGGGUUGGUUCUCCACAACCUUCUGGCUUUGAUUUCAGUGCUCAUUUUUCUGUGUUGCCUUCUACAGAAACUGUCAAAUUAACCUCUGUUAAGGAAUCAUCUGUACCUAUUUCCUCUGGCAUAAACCAACCUAUUCCUGUGGCUCAUAGUGGGAGUCCUAGUGUUCUAGCCGGGACUUCUUCUCCACUAGAUGUGAAGAAGGUGACAGCAUCACCUGGCAAGCAUUCUGCCGAUCCAAAAACCAGAAAGAGGAAAAAGGUUUCUGUUUCUGAGGAUCUUGAUCAGGUCUCUUUGCUUGCUAAAACUCAGUCAGAGUCAAUGUCUACCCCUGUUGUUGGUAGUCAUUUGCCAAUAAAGGUUCCUGUUGGUGGAGAUAUUGGCCAGAUCUCUUUGCCUGCUCAAGGUUGGACAAAAUCAUUUUGUGCUCCUUUUGUUACUGGUCAUUUUUCUACCGCAGUUGCAGUCACAGCCCCUUCGUGCUUUGUGUCUAAAAGCAGUUCUGCUAAAUCUCUUACAGCUGUAUCUCCCGCAGCUUCUGCUUAUCAUCCACAGAUAGGGGAUCAGAAUGCGGAGAAUGGGGUUAUAAUUACACAGGAACCAUUUACUAAUGUUGAGGAUGCAAAGGUACAAGCAGAGGAUGCUGUUGCUCAUGCUGCUGCUGCAGUUAGCCAGUGCGAAGGUGUAUGGAGUCAGUUAGUUAAGCAGAAGAAUUCUGGAUUGAGUUCAGAUGUCGAAGCUAAGUUAGCUUCGGCAGCUGUUGCAAUAGCUGCUGCUGCUUCUGUAGCAAAGGCUGCAGCUGCAGCUGCCAAGAUUGCAUCAAAUGCUGCAAUACAAGCAAAACUAAUGGCUGAUGAAGCAUUGGUCUAUUGGAACUGGCAAUGCGCCUGA